AUGGCCCAGUUGCUCAUGGAUAGCUUAAAUUCUCUACAGGCGACUAGAUAUUGCCAGCUUGCAGUCGCCGUCGUCGCCGUAUAUGAUCAUGCGCUUACUUUUCGGAGGGAGGUGGACUUGGUGUGGUCUAGAUACAUGGGUGAUACCAUUCUCAUUUGCUUAAAAGCAUUUCAGUUUCAAGCAUGGGGUAGCUGCGUAGUCCACUGGUCUUUACAAGGUAGUUUGCAAUUACGCAUAUAUGCCAUGUAUCGGCGUUCGAACCGUCUUCUAUUGGCAAUGUUUGCAGGCUUUCUGGUACAGCUUGCUGCCACUGCCACACUUCUGGCAAUAAACCUCCGUUCUGGAGGUCCUACCAUACCCACGUCUGAGCCCAUACCGGGUCUUCCUUGGAAGAUGUGUGCUGAAUCACGGCUCGGGGGAAGUAUCACGGCCAUAUACAUCCCGAUCCUGUCCUUCGAGUUUAUGCUUUUUGCUCUUGCACUACGCGCAGGUAUCACCCACAUGCAAAACAUGCGACAAAUCGUGGGGAAAUGGGAAGCUAACUCGUUGAUGAAGAUACUCGUGAAACAUAGUAUCUUCUAUUUCCUCCUUCCUAAAGCCUUGAACCCCAUCAUUAGCGUCGUAUCGGCGUGUGCCAUCGAAACGGCUUUGUGGCUUAGCCUCCCGUCAAUAUAUAUGGAAAUUUCUGAGGCUUUCGUUAUGGCAUCGGUGGUGAUAGCAGGAGCACGCAUGGUCAUCAACUUCCGCGAGGUCGGAGAGAGCCAUUUUCAUCACGAAGUCGACGCAUUUCAAGAACAUUUCUAA